AAAUCUUCAUUGCCUUGCCAUAUUAACAAAUAGCCAGAAAACCCAGUGAGAAAAAGAGAGAUGGGUCACAAGGGUUUUAGGUUUUUGUUCAUUUUGUGUUUGGAGCUUUUAAGGUUGAAUGUGUUGGAGGCUCAAAUGGUGCCAGCAAUGUUUGUUUUUGGGGAUUCACUUGUUGAUGUUGGGAACAACAAUUACCUUCCAGUCUCUAUUGCAAAAGCAGAUUUUCGUUUCAAUGGUAUUGAUUUCCCUACCAAGAAACCAACUGGAAGGUUUAGUAAUGGCAAGAAUGCUGCAGAUAUCAUUGCUGAGAAAGUGGGGUUACCUUCUCCACCACCAUACCUGUCUCUUGUGUCCAAAAAGAAUGGCUUAGCAUCAUCUUCUCUGACUGGCGUAAGCUUUGCCUCUGGAGGUGCUGGAAUUUUCAACGGCACAGAUCAAACUCUUGGUCAAUCAAUUCCCUUAACAAAACAAGUAGAAGACUACACAGCAGUGCAUCAAGAUUUGGUGCAAAAGAUGGGAUCAUCUGCCGUACAAGCUCUUCUAUCCAAAUCAAUUUUUGUCGUCGUGACUGGUAGCAAUGACCUCUUCGACUACAAUGGAAAAUCUGAUCUACGCAACAAGUACACCCCGGAGCAGUACGUAAAUCAGAUGGCCUCCACGCUAAAAGAUAGAUUGAAGCGAUUACAAGGAAAUGGUGCACGUAAAUUCCUUUUUGCUGGUGUGGCACCAAUUGGAUGCACUCCAUCACAGAGAGUUAACAACGAAACACAAGUUUGCAAUGAAGAACUGAAUUCCUGGGUUGUCAAGUACAAUCAAGUAUUGAAGUCAAUGCUGGAACAAUUAAAGCAAGAGCUCCCGGACAUAAACUACUCCUACUUUGAUACUUACACUGUCUUGAACAACAUCGUCCAAAAUCCGAUCAAAUAUGGGUUUAGUGAAGUCAAAGCUGCCUGUUGUGGGCUUGGAAACCUGAAUGCUGUGAUACCUUGUGUCCCCAUUGCAAAGUAUUGCCCUAACAGAAGAGAUCAUGUCUUUUGGGAUCUAUACCAUCCAACAGAAGCAGCAGCUAAGAUCUUAGUGGACACUCUUUUCGAUGGUCCAUUAGAGUACACAUUCCCCUUGAAUUUAAGACAACUUGUUAAUGUUUAAUUACACAACAGUAUAUCUACACCAAGCCAACCACACAAACAGUCACCUUGUUAAAAGAAAGUUCAAGUAGUGUAAGCUAUACAUACCCAUGUGAAAUCCUUUAUCAUAUUGAAUGAAGAAAUCAAUCAAUUAUGGCUUCCAUGAA